CCCCCCGGCCCCUCCCCCGCCGGUGGGCACGUGCCCCCCAGUGAUGACGACCACGACGAUGGUGGUGAUGGUGGGCGGUGCGGGGGGCUCGCUGGAGCGAGGGUGCGGUGACGAUGGCGAGCGGAGCCUCGAGGCCCAUCGCGGCGCUGCGACGGACAAACUCUACGGCCUGCACGAUGCUCCACCUUACUCCAGGCCAAACUUCCCUGGCGGCGGCGGCGGUGGUGGUGGCUACGGUGGUGGUUGUGGUGGUGGCUACGGUGGUGGUGGUUGUGGUGGCUACGGUGGUGGUGCGGGGCCGAUGAUGGGGCCCCGGCGGGCACCGUCCGGGAGAUCUUGCGGGCACGCGGACGUCGACGCCGACUUCGUGGAGGUCGCGGAUGAGACCCGCGUCGGCAAGCCGUGCUACGCCGACAUGAGGUGAAGCUCCAUUCCGUGCGUCGUGAUGAAGUUUUCUAAGAAACUGACCCCCAAAUCCCUCCCCCCCCCCUCACCAUCUCCCUCCCCC